GGACAAUACAAAUACUCCAUUUGAUUCCCCCGGUUACCGUAGACCUCAGCUCCUCUCAAUAUCAUGGCGGCCAUGAUCCACGCUCCCCGCAAAUACCACCACCUUGUGGCCGAGCAGCCAGAGCCCGCAACGCCGGCAUCGCCGGCAAAGACCAACCUUCUUGGCUCCUGGUACAUCACGCGCUCUUCCAGUCCCUUCUGGAUCGACAAACGCAAUCCAACAAUCACGCUGGCCGCCGACAGCAAAACCGAUGACGGCACGCGUGCCCCGGAAACCCUGCCCCUGAGUGCGCUCUAUCAGACUGCCGGUCCUGCGCCAGUCCUCGCGAAUCAGACGUCGUAUCAGACGCUGGCUUCUUCCAAGGUCAAGACAACGGCAGGGAUGGACAGACCGGUUGACGGUUCUUCAUCCUUUUGGGGAGAAAGUGGUGGGAGUGGCGGUGGGGAGGGCCCGAUUCAGAUGGAGUGGCGCGGGAGCGGUUGGCUGCGCAUGGUGAGUGCGCGGUGGGAGAUCCUUGGGUGGGGUGGAGAGGGCGAGGCAGAGGCCGACGAAUGGUUGCUUGUGUUCGCUGAUAAGUCGAUGUUCACGCCGGCCGGGAUAAGCCUGUACACUAGGAGGCGGACGGGGGUUGAGGAUAUGGAGUGGGCUGGGAUUGAGGAGGGACUGAGAAGGCUCGUGGAGCGAUAUCCGGAGGAGGGAGAGUUGAGAGAGCUCGCGCUGGGAAUGAGGGUUGUUCGUCACGAUUGA